GUAUUAGAAGGACAUUCUGGCUCUGUUCUCUGUUUGCAAUACGAGGGUGAUCUGCUGAUCAGUGGGUCUAGCGAUACUACAGUUCGCCUCUGGGAGCUCUCUUCUGGCAAAUGCCUGAAUGUUAUUGAACAUCACGCCGAGGCCGUCCUCCAUCUUCGUUUUCGCGGUAAUACGCUUGUGACAUGCUCUAAAGUGAGUACUAAAACAUAUUAUGUAAAUCACCCUCUUACCUGCCCUCUUGGUUGCUUUCCUAGUAUAUUUAUCUUUAUAUAUCUAUGA